AUGGAGAAAAAAGUUAGUAGUAUUCCACCCUUCAUCAUGGAAGUUAUAAAGUCCCAGAAAGGAAAAGAUUUACUUAGCUACGAUGGAUAUUUGUACCGAAAAAAUACAACGAACAAAACCAGCCAGAACUGGAGAUGUGUAAUGAAGGAUUGUAGAGGAACAUUGAAAACUGCGCCGAACUACCAAGAAAAGUGUGAAGUAAAAAUUGGACAAGAACAUAAUCAUGCCCCAGAUCCCGCGAGGCAAAGUGUUAGAAUUGCUUUAGGGAAAAUGAAUGAGCAAGCUUCAAAUUGUAGUGCACCACCACGAAGAGUUAUUGCUGCUGUAGUACAAGAGCUGGAUGACGAAGCAAUGGCUAAUGUCCCUAAAAAGAGAGCGCUCCAAAAACGUAUUCAACGUAGACGUAAGGUUGAAGGCCAUUUUCCUGAACCUCAAUCAAUUAACGAAUUGAUAAUUCCAGAAGAAUUUAAAACUUUUACUAUAAACGGAAAUACAGAACCCUUCUUACUGAGGGAUGUAACAAGCGAUUCAAAACGAAUAAUCAUAUUUGCAAGCCAGCAUAUGCUCGAUCAACUUGCUAAUUCAAAAAUAUGGAUGUGUGAUGGCACUUACAAAGUCGUUCCUAGAAUAUUUUAUCAAUUAUAUACGAUCCAUGUUGUUAGAGAAAACUUUCUUUUUCCCUGUGUUUAUGUUAUGAUGCCUGAUAAGGCUCAGUCAACGUAUGAACGAGUAUUUCAGAUUUUGAAAGACAAACGUCCAGACUGUGACCCUGAAAACGUAACCUUAGAUUUUGAAAAGUUUGCUAUCAAUGCUUUCAUGACAGUGUAUCCUGAUGCAAAUAUAAAUGGAUGUUUCUUUCAUCUAUCACAGUCAAUAUGGGGAAAAAUACAAAUCACGGGAUUAUCAAAUAGCUAUAUAUCUGGUGCCAACUGCCGUCUUUAUUGCAAGAUGCUGGCUGCUUUGGCGUUUCUAAAUCCAGAUGAAGUGACAGAUGCAUACGAAGAGCAAAAUGAAGACCUCGAACGUCUACAAUUGGAUGAAGAAAUGCAAAUAUUAUAUGACUAUCUCGAAGACACAAACAUUAGGUGGACGACAGAGAAGAGGAAGAAGAAUACCCUUAUUUCCCAUCGAAUUGUGGAACGUCCAGGAAAGAACACAAAACGACAGGACAAAGACAAAUAA